AUGUCUUCCUCUUCCUCGAAGCGCCACUCUAUCCUCCCGCCCGUCGCACAAGCCGGCCCAAAGGCCCCCGUCCGCUUCUCCAGCUCCCUCGUCAUCGCCGACUCGGCCAUCCUUACGGGCGCUCACACCAUCCAGCUGCGCACCGAGAGCCUCGUCCACCCACGCGCCAAGAUCGAGUCAUUGGCUGGGGGCAUAGACAUCGGCAAGCGCUGCGUCGUACACGAGCGAACACACGUCGGGGCGCUUCCUGCCGGGGAUGCAAGGUCCGGUAGCGGCGGUGGCGGGGCCGCGGUCACCAUAAUGGACUACUGCACCGUCGAGGUCGGCUCGACGGUCGAGGCGGGCGGUACGGUCAUUGGGGAGGGCUCGAUCGUCGGUGUGGGCAGCCGGAUCGGGAGCGGUGCUGUUGUCGGGAAGGUUGGUCCUUCCCCUUCCUUCAUCCUCCAGGCUGGGUCAUGGGAAACAGAACGCGUUGAGACUACGGAAGCUGACACGGGAAACCCUCAGUACUGCACGAUCUCACCGCGCACGACCAUUGCCCCUGGCGAGACGGUCCCGGACUACACCGUCGUCUUCUCCAACGGCCUGCACCGGCGCGACAAGCGCGACGUCGUGGACAUCCGCACCAGGGCGCAGGCGAGGCAGCUCGACAUCCUGCGGAAGCUGAUCCCCAGCAACCCGGCCAAGUUUCAGUGA